AUGAAACCUCCUAAUACAAUGGAUAAAAAAGACUACAAAAAAAUAAAACUACUUGGUGAAGGUUCUUAUGGCAAAGCAUAUUUAGUCGAACGUAUAAUCGAUAAUUAAUUAUGUGUAAUAAAAUAAAUUGAUAUUUCCCAUAUGACCGACUAAGAGAAAUGCGAUGCAAUAAACGAGGCAAACAUAUUAUAAAUAUUAAAUCAUCAUAAUAUAAUAAAAUACCACGAAUAAUUUAAGACUAAAAAAAAUAAAUUAUGUAUAGUAAUGGAUUAUGCUGAGGGUGGAGAUUUAUCUCAAAUAAUCUAAAAAUAAUAAAUUAUAAAAGAAGAGUAAAUUAUAGAUUGGUUAACUUAAAUUUGCUGUGCAUUAAAUUUAGUUCAUUCCAAAAAUAUUAUCCAUAGAGAUAUUAAAUCAUAAAAUAUUUUCCUUACUUAAAAUAAAAUUAUUAAACUUGCUGAUUUUGGUAUUGCAAAAAUACUAUCAUGUACACGUGAUAAAGCAAAAACCUUUAUAGGUACACCCUAUUAUUUAGCCCCUGAAUUAAUCCAAAACAAACCCUAUACUACUAAGGUUGAUAUUUGGUCUUUGGGGGUCCUUAUAUACGAACUUUGUGCUUUAAAGCAGCCUUUUGAUGCGGGAAAUAUGCAUGCUCUGGUACUUAAAAUUAUAAAAGGGGUUUAUAACCCAAUACCUGGUGGAAAUUUAAAAAAUGAAGAAAGAAAUAAAGACCCUCCUUUAGAUAAUUUCAAUGAUUAAUUUUUCAUUAUUAAUAAAAAAGAAAACGAAUAAUAACCUUCCCCUCCUUUUAAUUUCGAAAAAAAAAAAAACGCACUUGAAAAAAUAAACCCUGUAAAUAAUUUCGUUUUGUAAUAAUAAACACCGCCUUUUGUUCGUCCUAAUAAUAAUGUGAGAAUAGGGAGCCCUAAUACACGUCUUCCUUAAUUAAAUUUUUAACCUCCUCAACCUAUUAUUCCUCCUUUGGAUAAAAAUAAAUUAUUCAAUGAAGGAUAAAAAAAAGAAGUCAAAGAUGUUAAAAGAAUGUUAAUUGAAUUCAAUGAAAUGAAUCUUAAAAAAUAUUUAGAAAAAGAAAUAGGAACUAUGCAUUUUUCAAAAGCUUAUAAAUUAGCACUUUCAGCUUUUGAGAAAUAGGAAGAUUUUUCAGAAAAUAGCCCAUUCUUUUAUUAAUUCUAAAAUAUGUUUCCUACCCUUAAUUAAAAAUAUAUUUCUAAAUAUUCUACUUUAUUAUAUACCUUAGUUAUGAUUGAAAAAACUUAAGUUGCUAUAAAUAAUAACUGA